AUGGGCUCAGUAUUUCUCCCACAUUUAAAGACAGCAUGGCACGUUGACCAAGCGAUUCUUUCUGAAGAUGAUAGAGUAGUUGUUAUAAGAUUUGGUCGUGAAGAAGAAACUCAGUGCAUGUUAAUGGAUGAAAUUCUAUUUUCCAUAUCCGAAAAAAUCAAAAAUUUUGCUGUUGUAUAUUUAGUUAAUUUAGACAAAGUUCCUGAUUUCAAUCAAAUGUAUGAAUUAGAUCAAAAUCCACUAGAACCAUUUACAAUAAUGUUUUUUUAUCGAAAUAAACAUAUGAUGUGUGAUUUUGGUACGGGGAAUAACAACAAGUUGAACUUUAUGAUUUAUGAUAAACAAGAGAUGAUUGAUAUUAUAGAGACAAUAUACCGAGGAGCAAGAAAAGGUAAAGGUUUAGUAAUGAGUCCAAAAGAUUAUAGUCGUUCAGCUAAAGAUAUAUAA